AUGGGAGUUUGUUUAAGCGCUCAAAUCAAAGCUGAAACUCCUUAUAACACUGGGUUAAAUUCGAAGAACUCGGCUUCAGCUGGAAAUGAUCUGAGUAGCUCAAACAGUAGGGUUUCAGCUGCAUCAGUGCCUCAGACUCCUCGAAGCGAAGGUGAAAUCUUGCAGUCAUCCAAAUUAAAGAGCUAUACCUUAGCAGAACUUAAGUCUGCCACUAGAAAUUUUCGGCCUGAUAGUGUGUUAGGAGAAGGUGGUUUUGGAUCUGUUUUUAAGGGUUGGAUUGAUGAGAAUUCGUUGUCUGCUGCUAAACCUGGUACUGGAAUUGUUAUUGCUGUUAAGAGACUUAAUCUUGAAAGCUGCCAAGGUCACAGAGAGUGGUUGGCCGAAGUCAACUAUCUUGGACAAUUUUCUCAUCCUCAUCUGGUGAAAUUGAUUGGUUAUUGCCUUGAAGAUGAACACCGCCUUCUUGCCUAUGAGUUUAUGCCUCGUGGAAGCUUGGAGAAUCACUUAUUCAGGAGAGGAUCAUAUUUUCAACCUCUUUCAUGGAGCUUGCGUGUGAAGGUUGCUCUUGACGCCGCCAAAGGGCUUGCGUUUUUGCACAGUGCUGAAAAUAAAGUGAUAUAUAGAGAUUUCAAGACUUCGAAUGUCUUGUUGGAUUCUGAUUAUAAUGCAAAGCUUUCUGAUUUCGGGUUGGCAAAGGAUGGUCCAACUGGUGACAAAAGUCAUGUCUCCACCAGGGUAAUGGGAACCUACGGAUAUGCAGCUCCUGAGUAUCUAGCCACAGGUCAUCUUACUACGAAGAGUGAUGUCUAUAGUUUCGGAGUUGUCCUGCUUGAAAUGUUAUCCGGUAAGAGGGCAGUUGACAAGAAUAGACCGUCUGGACAACACAACUUGGUGGAAUGGGCUAAACCAUAUCUGGCGAACAAACGUAAGAUUUUCAACGUGAUUGACAGUCGGCUCGAAGGGCAGUAUUCAGCAGACGAGUCCUUCAAGGUAGCCACCCUUGCUUUGCGAUGCCUAUCGACAGAAUCCAAGUACAGGCCCAACAUGGAUGAAGUUGUUAAUAUUUUGGAGCAGCUGAAGGUUCCGAAUGUGAAUGUAGGAAAUCAAAAGCGACAUCGGAGAAAAAGUGCUGAUGACGUUAGCCAUGCAAAGAACAACACAUCUCGUGCUAGUUCGAAGAGUCACAAUGCUUAUCCGCGUAUCUCAUUGUCGCCUCUCUAUACUUGA